AUGGCUCCCAAGGGCGUCUCCACCCGGCUGAACCCGAUGCGUCUCAACACCAUCAACCACCUCCGUGUUCGCCGGCCGAAUCAGCAUGAGCAGAACCCCUGCGUGACAGUCAUGUCCUCUAUGCUCAACUGCUGGGCUUCCGCUGGAUACGGCGCCGAAGGCUGCGCUGCCCUUGAGGCUCAAUUGCGGAAGUGCAUGGACGCACCGAGAUCCAAGGAGCAGAAGAAGAACACCGUCAACUACCACCUGAUGAGAAUGUACCCCAAGGUCGUUGGCCCCCGCAAGAAGGACGGUGUUCUUGGUUAA